AUGGCAUCAGCUGGAGCGACGGAAUCUCUCUCAAAGCUUAAUAUCAAUGGCGAUUUUGCUUCCUCCGUUCCCAAUCUCCAGAAAAAUCUUCACCUCCUCUCCCCUCAACAGAUUGAGUUGGCAAAGAUGUUAGUGGAGAAAGGACAGUCUCAUUUGUUUGAGCAUUGGCCUGAGCCCGGUGUUGAUGACAACGAGAAGAAAGCGUUUUUUGAUCAGGCAAUAACGUUCAGGCCAUGUGGGUGUUUCUUGCAGGUGGCUCGGCUCGAUUCUUGCUAUCCUGGAGGCUUGACAUCGUAUAUUAAAACUGCUAGAGAACUUUUAGCUGAUUCUAAAGCAGGAAAGAACCCUUUUGAUGGCUUUACACCUUCAGUUCCUACAGGUGAAAGCCUGACUUAUGGUGAUGAAAACUUUAUCAAAUUUGAAGAGGCAGGCGUAAGAGAAGCCCAGAAUGCUGCAUUUGUUCUUGUUGCAGGUGGGCUUGGGGAGCGUCUUGGAUACAAUGGAAUAAAGGUGGCUCUUCCAGUAGAGACCACGACAGGAACAUGCUUCUUACAGCUCUAUAUUGAGUCUGUUCUGGCUCUUCAGGAAGCUAGCUCUAGAAUGACACAAGGCGGACAUAAAAAAGAGAUUCCUUUUGUUAUCAUGACAUCAGACGAUACACAUGCACGCACAUUGGAGCUUUUAGAAUCAAAUUCGUAUUUUGGAAUGAAACCUACACAAGUAAAACUUCUCAAGCAGGAAAAAGUUGCAUGCUUAGAGGACAAUGAUGCCAGGAUUGCUUUGGAUCCGCAAAACAAAUUUAGAGUUCAGACAAAACCUCAUGGGCAUGGUGAUGUGCAUUCACUUCUUUAUUCAAGUGGCCUUCUUAAUGAAUGGCAUGAUGCUGGUUUGAGAUGGGUUCUAUUUUUCCAAGAUACAAAUGGACUUUUAUUCAAGGCAAUUCCAGCUGCAAUUGGUGUCAGUGCCACUAAGGGAUACCAUGUUAACUCUCUCGCUGUCCCUCGCAAAGCUAAAGAAGCUAUUGGAGGCAUUACCAGGCUUACUCACACUGAUGGAAGGUCCAUGGUGAUUAAUGUGGAAUACAAUCAACUUGAUCCUCUGCUAAGAGCAACUGGGUUUCCUGAUGGAGAUGCCAAUUGUGAGACAGGCUAUUCUCCUUUCCCAGGAAAUAUAAACCAAUUGAUUAUGGAACUUGAUCCUUAUAUCGAGGAGCUCAAAAAAACAGGAGGUGCGAUAAAGGAGUUUGUUAAUCCAAAAUACAAAGAUUCGAGCAGAACCUCAUUUAAAUCUUCAACUCGACUGGAAUGUAUGAUGCAAGAUUAUCCAAGAACAUUGCCUCCAUCGGCAAAAGUUGGAUUUACGGUGAUGGAUACAUGGCUUGCUUAUUCACCUGUGAAGAACAACCCUGAGGAUGCUGCUAAGGUACCAAAGGGUAAUCCAUAUCACAGUGCAACUUCUGGAGAAAUGGCCAUUUAUCGUGCAAACAGCCUCAUUCUUAGAAAGAUUGGUGUCCAUGUGGGCAAUCCAAUUAAUGAGGUCUUCAAUGGGCAAGAGGUGGAAGUGUGGCCUCGCAUUGUAUGGAAGCCAAAAUGGGGACUGACAUUUGUGGAAAUCAGAAGUAAAGUCAGUGGAAGUUGCUCUAUCACUCAAAGAUCUAGCAUGGCCAUUAAAGGUCGGAAUAUCUUUGUUAAAGAUCUCUCCUUGGAUGGAGCUCUUGUGGUCGACUCUAUUGAUGAAGCAGAGUAUAGCAGCAACUCAAAUGUGGAUGCUGAUGUUCUGAUAUGUUUGGAAAUGAAUUCACGUUUAGUUGAAGUGGGAGGUUCAGUGCAGAACAAGGGCUGGAUCCUGGAAAAGGUUGACUACAAAGAUACUUCGGUACCUGAGGAAAUACGGAUCAGGGGCUUCAGAUUCAAAAAGAUUGAGCAGCUGGAAAAGCAUUACAAAGGAAAUGCUAGUUUGCUUUCUGAAAGUAGUGUAUUCGGAGCUUGUCUUGGAGUGUUGGAAGCCACACAGAAGCGUGUUCUUAUUUCCUUCGCUUGUUUCAAGUUUACUUGUAACCCUGACCUAAAAGGGACAAGGAACAAAGUUCCUUUUUCCUUUGCAAGGAUUCAACGCCUCUUCAUAAUUGGGAAGGCUGCAAAUGACUCAUCGUGUAUCUUGCGAACCACGCUCAGAUGCACCAUGUGUCCCCUUAACACCAAUGACUUGCACCGGAUUUUCCAAAAACUAGACAAAAAUGGCGAUGGUCUUUUGAGUACGGUGGAGCUCAACUGGCUUCUUGAGAGCAUUGGAGUCCAUUUUAGCCUAGAGGAGCUUGAGUUUUCGGUGGGGAAGUCAUGCUUCAACUUUGAUGAGUUCUUGUUAUUUUACGACUCCAUAACAAAGCAAAGCGAUGAUGGCAACAAUGAAGCAGUACUAGCAGAUGAUCAUCAGGAAGGUUGCUGCAACAAGGAAGAUUGUGACGUUGUUAAGGCGUUUAAGGUGUUUGAUUCUAACGACGACGGAUUCAUUUCUUGCGAGGAGCUUCAAAGUUUGUUGUCAAGACUUGGAUUAUGGGAUGAAAAGACAGGCAUGGAUUGCAGAAAUAUGAUUUGCAAGUAUGAUACCAACUUGGACGGGGUUCUUGAUUUUGAGGAAUUCAAGAAAAUGAUGCUGCAUACCGGUUCUUAA